AGAUUUGAAAGGACAACAGUAGAGAAAGAGUAGUACGGAUCGAUAGACGGUAUAAUUUUAUAGCGUAAAGUCGUGAGAUUUUUAGAAUGGCAGAUUCAAGAAAGUAUCCAUGCAAAAGUUGUCCUCGAGUCUUUUCAAGUGAGAGAGAACUGGGAUGUCACUUAGAAAUUCAUUCAGGUACAUUAACUUGUCGGUUAGGUUGUCAUCGAAAUUUUUCAAGUGCAACAGAAAUGGAAAAACACUUAAAAUUAGUUCAUUUCGAUAUAUGGACGUGUGAUGGGUGUGGAAAGGAUUUCUAUAAAGAGCUAGAUUGGGUUGUUCACACAAGGAAAGUCCAUCUAACGAUGAAAAAUUACCCGAACAAGGACCACAUAGAAGCCUAUCUUCCCAAAAAUGUCUUGUCCAACAACCACGCGACGGUUAAUGAAAUAAUCAUAAAUCUUGCGUGCGAAUAUUGCGACAAGAAUUUCAACACAAUAGAUGACUUGAAAAGGCACAAAGAUGUCGUGCAUUUAAAAGAAAAAAGUUACGAUUGCGUCAAAUGUAAAAAAACUUUCAGUAGUGAAAAAUACUUGCGUGCUCACACUACCGCUAUGCAUACAAAAGAAAAAAAAUUCAAAUGCGAAAAGUGUCAAAAGUGUUUUGUAUACCAGAGUUAUUUGGCGAAGCACGCUGAAAAGCACAUUGCAUGGAAUCAAAGAUUGAAAUAUAAAUGCGAAGAGUGCAAUACGAAAUUUAUAUCAGUAGAUAAUUUGAAGAGGCACUUGGGAAAGCAGCAUUCGAAAGUCCAAGAAUACAUUUGCCAGAAACCCAAAGUACCGAUGCAAAGAAUGUGAAAGGGUUUUUGACAAGAAAUCUAAAUUAUCUACACACGUGAGGGAAAACCAUAAAAAAACAAAGAGAUCGAAAUAAAAACUUGACGGCAACUUCGGAUGAAAACCCAGUGACAUAUUUAAUUUAAUGACAAGCAAUGGAAGAUGCGCGAGAAUGAUGUGCUUGUUUCGAUGAUAGGUGUUGUAACUCCUUUGACUACUAAUUGAAAAGUUUUAAAAUCAGGAAAAUUAAGACCCCGUGAUCUAAUGGAAAAAAUGUAUCCCAUUGCAGUUCGUGAUUGCUAAACUAAUUUAUUUUGCUCAUAUUUUUUUUCAAACACUCACGAUAUAACAAUCCUUACUGGGAUAUUGCUAUAUGUCAAUUUCUUUAAUAUUACAAAUUUUAUUUUGUAUAUAAAUAUACAGAAUAAAAAAUAGAACCUAUAUCAACAAUGAAA